AUGGCGGAUAUAGCAGCGGAAUUGGAGGAAGGAGGAUUCAAGAGAACCUUGAAAGAUUUAUUUGCUGGAGCUGCUGGGGGUGUUGCUCAGGUUUUAUUGGGUCAACCCUUCGACAUAGUCAAAGUUCGUCUCCAAACCACUACACAAUACGCAAAUGCUCUUGAAGCGGCUCAAACUAUCUACCGCAACGAAGGUGCCUUCGCCUUCUACAAAGGUACUCUUACACCUUUAAUCGGUAUCGGAGCCUGUGUUUCCGUCCAAUUUGGAGCAUUUCACCAAGCCCGUCGUUACCUCGAAUCCUAUAACACAUCUCGCAACCCCCUCUUUCCAGGUCUUUCCUACGCACAAUACUAUGCCGCAGGUGCCUUUGCCGGUAUCGCCAAUUCUGGUAUCUCUGGUCCUAUAGAACACGUGAGAAUCAGGUUACAGACGCAACCUCACGGUGCAGGAAGACUCUACAAUGGACCCGUGGAUUGUGUUCGGAAAUUGUCUGCUCACGAAGGCGUUCUCAAAGGUCUUUAUCGCGGUGAAGCCGUUACCAUUAUCCGAGAAGCUCAGGCUUAUGGUGUAUGGUUCCUUUCUUUCGAAUACAUGAUGAACAGUGACGCUGCCCGCAACAAAAUCGAACGGAAAGAUAUUUCGAGCUGGAAAAUCGCACUUUAUGGAGGUCUAGCCGGAGAAGCAUUGUGGCUAGCUAGUUACCCAUUUGAUGUUGUGAAGAGCAAGAUGCAGAGCGAUGGAUUUGGUGAGAAGAUGAAGUACAAUGGAAUGAGAGACUGUUUUGCGAAGACAUGGAGAGCGGAGGGAGCAAGAGGGUUCUGGAAGGGCAUUUUCCCAACACUGUUGAGGGCUAUGCCGGUCAGUGCGGGGACGUUUGCGGUGGUGGAGAUGACUAUGAGAGCGAUUUCUUAG